CUCCCAGCUGUUUUUGUACGCCAUUUGUGGUGGAAGAUUUUGAUUUUUGUUUAGUACGCUAUAAGAAUCGGUUGAUAUCUUUGCCAUCAGUAUUCUUAAAGCAAGUUUCGAAGAUGAGUUCUGGGAUGCCGGAGCUGGGCUCCAAGAUAAGCUUGAUAUCGAAGGCCGAUAUCCGCUACGAGGGCCGUUUAUUUACUGUCGAUCCCCAAGAGUGUACUAUCGCUUUGGCUUCAGUAAGAUCAUUUGGUACAGAAGAUCGUGAAGCACCAUUUCCUGUUGCCCCCCAAAAUCAGGUUUAUGACUACAUCCUUUUCCGUGGUUCGGACAUCAAAGAUAUCCGUGUGGUCAAUAAUGUUUCCUCACUUCCAAACGAUCCAGCGAUCAUGCAGUUGUCGGUGCCCCCAUCUCUCACUCAGCAAGCGUUCCAGACACAAGGCUUCCAACAUCCAGUCCUUGGGGCGAUGCCGCCACAGUUGGCUCAGUUCAACACUUACGGUAUGGGUUUAGGGGCGGGUUUGGCACCUGGAAUGGGGAUACCCACUCGCGAUCCACGUUUACCACCUGUUGCACCUACUGCUGGUGGUAAACCUGGAGAACAACUUACUAUAGGGGGUGGAGGCCCACCACCUCAACAAACUGUUGAAUUAUCUCCUGCUGUGGAACCACCACGACCAACCAACGAUCAUGCUUCAGUAUUAGAUUUAAUCAGUGGAGGAUCAAGAAGUACAACUCCAGCAAGUUUAGGAUCGAGAAAAUCUCCAACUGCCGACCAAGGAGUUCAAGCUGGUGGUAAAAAGGAUGAGAAGAAAGCUGUGAAACCAAUUCAACCACCAAGCGGUGGUCAAAGAUCCAUGAAUCAUCAACAGCGCGACCGGAAGGAUUCUAGAGGUGAACCUCAAGAAUAUCAAAACCGUAAUAUGCAUCGAAAUCAAAAUCAUCAAUAUCACCACCAACAACAGCAGCAUCAUCAACAACAUAAUCGUAACCAACCUCAACGUCAAGGAAGUUGGACGACGCCGCGUGGUUAUAUGCGACAAAGGGGACGACCAAGAGGUGGUUAUAACAAGCCCCCGCAGGGCGGAGGCCCCAUGAAUCAACAAGGCACCGGUGGAAAACCGAAAAACACGCUCAAAUUCGAAAAUGAUUAUGAUUUUGAACAGGCCAACACGGAGUUUGAAGAGUUACGUAGUCAACUAACUAAGGUGAAGUUGGAUGACGGUAAGCCUGAAAUGAACGGUGACAGUGAUAAGAAAGAUGACUCUGGCAAUGAAACAGGGGCGGGAGAAGGAGAGCCGGAGGAGGAGCACGAGGUUUACUACGACAAGGCCAGGUCGUUCUUUGAUAAUAUUUCUUGUGAGGCUGUUGAACGAUCAAAAGGACGAUCUCAACGCACAGAUUGGCGUAUUGAAAGGAAACUUAAUUCGGAAACGUUUGGUGUUUCCGCAACAAGACGUGGCGGUUUUCGUGGUCGAGGUGGUUUUCGUGGAAUGGGUUACCGCGGAAAUUAUCGUGGAAAUUACAAUAAUCGAAAUGGAGGAGGUCCACAAAGACGGGAUCAACACCAACAGGUACACCAAAAUGGUAAACCAAUGGGCCAGCAAAACUCCUCAAAUAAGAGCAACGUACAAUCUUCCGGUAACAGUCAAGAAAAUAAGACUGCAGCGACUGUAGUGAAUAAAUAAAAGUUGAUAAAGUUAUUUAAAAAUAAAGACCGACAACAAAACAAAUUAAAAGAAAAAUAAGGGUGUCGUAAAAAAAAAUUUAGAAUGGUUGGUGUGAAAGUUUCUAUGCGUUAAAAAGGAGAUUUUUUUGUUUUCAAUUAUUUUUUAUAAGUUAAAAAACUGUGAUGAUUGACUCCGAUCCGAUUAAAUAUUAUUUUUUUUUUUGGAACAGAGAUCAACAGCAGCAUGUUACGCACGGUAAAGAUUGUGUUUAUUUUUUCUUUUUGUUUUUCGCCCCUUCCAAUGAUUAAGGUUACAAUUACAAAUUUAUUAUUAUUUCUUUUUUUUUUUUAAAUUUUUGGUGGCAUUGAUUAAUAUCGUUUGAAAAGAAAAAUUGAUUUUGAUGUUUAAGUUUAUGAUUAUUAUUAAGAAUGGCUAGGAAAGUUAUUAUUACUAGAGGCAUUACAAUUAAUUUUUUUUCUUUUAAUCGGCCCGCCACUGGGUUUAAAAAGCUAUCAACAACCGAAUGUAUUUUUAAUUUAUUUUUUUUUAUGUAAUCAUCAGCAUGGUAUAGAAUAUAGGAAAGAUAUAAACGGUCCAUAUAUACGUAUAUUUUUUAUUUUUAUUAAUUUCCCCCCGUUUUGAUAUAACAUUUUAACUACAACACAUACACUUAUCAUUAAAAAAUUAACAAUAGUAAUUAAAAUUUCCUUACGUAACUAUCCAUUUGUGAAGAUUCACGUAUAGGUUUUAUGAUAAGCAAUUUUUUUUAUUUUCAUUUCUAUUAUUUUUUUUUUACCUUGGAGAGGUAAAAGGGGUUAAAAAACAAAGGCAACAGAGAAAUUUUGAAAAACAUGAAAUUAAACCAAUAUGUGAAAAAAAAAUGAAAUAACAUAGAGAGAUGCUGUUGUAUUUAUUGUCGAUUUAUUGUUAAUAUUAGACAUUUGUACUGUAAGAUGAUACUUUGUAUUGUAAAAUCAGAUUUUCGAAUAAAUAUUAUAAUCUAAAAGUA